GGAGAGCGUGCCGGUCGCGGCCCCACUAGCCGGCCAUCUUUAAAAAUAGCCCGCGAGUGAUCUUCUACGGAACCAUUUAGGCGGGAAAUUUAAAGUGACAUUAACUGUAAUUCGACUUUUAAAUAUAAUUCUUAAUUGUGUAGUUACUCUGUGUGUGGAAUAUGAUUUUAAAUGGGUGCAACAAACGAAACAAACAUCGAAUAUAUUGAAUUUUAACGAAACAUACAAAACAAAAUUUUUAUAACCACAUCAUUAGGUAUUACCUUUAUCACGGUUACCUAUUACGAAAAAAAAAUACUAUGACAAAACAAUGACGUUUAAAAAAAGCGCGCCAAAUCUGUAUAAAAAUUAAGGCAGUGACAUGUGUACGCUUUGAGCCAGUUUAAAUGAAAAUUGUGGAUAAAUCAAGUUCGUCUUUAUUGAGAUUGGGUGCCGAAAACGACGGGAAGAUGUCGCUAGUAGCUCCCAGGCGGGUCCAACUCGAUUGGGCACCCAGCAUUCCAUGGGAGCAGGAGCCAGCCUGCGAGAGAGAGCCAUCUUUCAAGCAGUUGGCACCGCACGCCUCUCAUAGAUCAGAAUCAUCGUCGUCAUCAGCGGACACCGAGUCCCAGGGCUCGGGCCCUGCCGCCCAGCAGCACCAGCAGCUUCGUGCGCGCCGCCAUGAACCACAGAGGGAGGAGCGGCGCGAGGAAGCCGCUAGCACUCCUAGAGUGCAACCUAAUCCUUUGCUGAGGUCGCGUACCCUUCCCAACUUCGGUGGUAAUCGUUCCCGCGAGGCGUCCCGCUGCGAUACUUCGCGGCGAGCGCACCACAUCACCAUGGCUUCCGAGGACCUGCUGCAGCCGGGACACGUCGUCAAGGAGAGAUGGAAGGUUGUAAAAAAGAUAGGCGGCGGUGGAUUCGGAGAGAUCUACGAGGGUCUGGACCUGGUAACACAAGAACAGGUGGCUCUGAAGGUGGAGUCAGCCAGGCAACCCAAACAAGUACUCAAAAUGGAAGUGGCUGUCUUGAAGAAAUUACAAGGCAAGGAGCACGUGUGUCGUUUUAUCGGAUGCGGUCGAAACGCCCGCUUCAACUACGUAGUGAUGCAGCUGCAGGGCAGGAACCUGGCGGAGCUGAGGCGUGCACAGCCACGUGGUGCCUUCUCUUUAUCUACUACGUUACGGUUGGGUCUGCAAAUAUUAAAAGCAAUAGAUUCAAUUCAUUCUGUUGGCUUUCUACAUAGAGAUAUUAAACCUAGUAACUUCAGUAUUGGACGUCACCCGUCUAACUGUCGUCGUGUGUACAUGCUUGACUUUGGUCUCGCGCGACAGUACACCACCAGCAAUGGACAAGUACGUCCGCCGCGAGCUGCUGCAGGAUUCAGAGGCACUGUGCGUUACGCGUCAAUAAACGCGCAUAAGAACAAAGAGAUGGGUCGUCAUGAUGAUCUCUGGUCACUCUUCUACAUGCUCGUUGAGUUUGUCAAUGGUCAGCUGCCUUGGAGGAAGAUCAAGGAUAAGGAACAGGUGGGGCUGAUGAAAGAGAAAUACGACUACCGUCUCCUGCUGAAGCAUUUACCAUCCGAGCUGCGUCAGUUCCUGGAGCACGUGCAGCAGCUGGAGUACGCUGACACGCCAGACUACACCAUGCUCACCUCGCUGCUGGAACGCUGCUGCAAGAGACGUGGUAUACGGGAUUCAGAUCCUUACGACUGGGAGAAGGAUGCUGUAGCAGCGGCAGCGGGUUCCCGCGCACGCGCCGCCCUCGCACCCACAGAGCCCGCCGCCACAGAGCCAGACCACGCCCCUGACAGAGCGCGUCGCCGAUUGGAGACAGAGGGCACAGCUGCGGUGGCGACGGACACGCACACGCAUGCGCACAAGGAGAAGCGCGCCACGCCUGCCAGCCCGAGACACGCCCACGCGCACCCACACAGCCCCGCUACACACCACGUCAACGGAUACUCUGCUACUGAUAAGGCAACUCCGGAUAAGGAAGCUGAAGUCAGAACUACACCUGCGCCUUCUCCCGACCGACAUGUUAAUAAGCAGGAAAGCGGUGCAACAAGCGCAGCAGGAGGCGGGGGCGGCAGCGCAGGUAGUGGAGGCAGUGCUGCCACGCGGCCAGAGCGCCAGAGCGUACCACCCUGUAGGCCCAGGCCACCUCCACUCGCUGGUGGUCCGACAUUGGCCAGACUUCGUGUUGUCACCGCCCCGCCCACUUGUGUACAAGAACUGGCUCACGCCCCCUCACCUUCUCUGCAAGGAGAAUCUGUCAGCCCUCGGAUCAUAGCUGAUGUGGACAGCAUGCAUUCUGAUACGCACUUUAAAAGAGGUGGUCGUAGGACAGCUAGAGCUCGCGCUGACCAGAGUUACACGCAGUUCGCUGUUAUGGAUGAUGAUAAUGUCUCCGCAUUGCAACAGAUGACAAAGGGAGGUGCGCUUACGUUAGUGUCGCUGUGGAAGUCUCAGUUCGACGACUCUGAGGAGACAACUGACAACGAGUGGAAGCAGGAGCAGCUGCAGGUAUAUAAGCACUCACCAGAGCACCGUGGAGGCGGCGGUCGUGCUACCAGUGCUGUGUCCAGCUGCUCCAAUGCUGCACGCACGCAGCUGCCGGCCACUCACACCCAGCACACCCAGCCCUCGCAGCCCACCCCGCCCACACAGCAACCAGCCCCGCCCUCACCCUCGCCCACCAAACUCACACACAACCAGGUAGAAGUAGUUGAGAAAGUUGAAAAGGUUGAGAAAAUAGAGAAACCGAAGAAAGAUGCGAAUGUCCGUUGCUGUUUGCACAGCGCCGGUAUUGACGCGUUCCCGCACUUGCGACCCACACUACCGCGCAGCUGGACCUUGCCUGCUAUAGGUUCCCGCGUGAGAUCGCUUCGUCCACCUCUACUCCAGCAAGCAUCAUUCGACGGUGGUGCUGCGGGCGCGCUGCGGUACCGCUUGGACGUGAUGCGUGGUGUGGCAGCGCGUAGUGAUGGACCAUCGCCUGAGCCCUCACCACCCAGAGCUGCAAGUUUACCUGAUGUGUCGCGAUCAGGCAGCGGGUCUGGUGGAUCAGAGCGCGGGUCAGGUGCACGCGCACGUCCCGCCGAGCGCACCGUGUCCAGCCGACUGGAGAUACGCGUACGCGCUACACCCGAGCCGCACGGCUCGCCUGCACACACCGGCACACAAGUACGUAUCCACUCUGUGGUGACAGGCGGUGAACCGGUACGACUGAACCAUGAAGAGGCGUCCGUAUACUACGAUGCUACUGAGCAUCAGAGAGACAAAAGAUCUUCAACACGUAGUGUAGAGAAGAGCCAAAGCCCAGCUGCCAUGGAGAGGACUCGACUAGAUGCGAUACAAGACAGGAGCAGUUCAGUGACACGUCGCGAAGCAAACGCAGCAGGUGACAGUUCGCAUAGCCUUAGAGAUCGGUCUACGUCUCGUAUCCCCGUGGCGACUGGUGGUGGUGGUGGUGGUGGUGGUGGUGUGGGUGCAGGGGGCGCGGCUGGUGGUGCAGGGGGCGCGGGGGGUGCGUGCGGUGGGUGCGGCGAGGCGCGCGGCGGGCGGCUGGCUAAAUGCGCCUCCUGGAGCGGCGAUGGACCACUCUCGCCCGCACCAGACCCCAAUGACCUCACUCCAGCUCUACGCAGACGUCGGCAGAACGCGAACGACAAGUACGCGGUGGACCCCGCGCGGGAACUGAACCUGAGAUUUGCGCGCCCGCGUCACCGACAGCCGCCGCAGCCGCACACCAGUAGGAGCGGUGCGCGUGGCGUGCCGGCACUACUGCUGGCGUCUCCCCCGGCUUCGGGCUCCGCUGCCUCGGGUGCUUCGGGCUCCUCCUCGUCGGGCUCCCCGCCGCCUGCACCGCCGCCCGCAGCCGCGCCCCCACACAAUGCCGCACGUGCGCGACGCUUCCGACCACUCUCUAUCGCUCCAUAGGAGACGGCCACCGGCUGUGACGUCACAGUUGAGAACCCUUUCUGAGAUAGCAGAGUCCUUGCUCCGCAAAGUGUUGGAGUACUUUAAAUAUGUUAUAUUUUCGCAAAUCAAACGUUUACGUCGCGGUGAGUACGAGAGAAAAAAAGGUUUUAUCCAAUUUCACGUUUAUAGUGCGAUAAACUUAUUCGGCCCGGUGAGAGUUGCAGAUAUCGCGGUUGCUUCUGUCAUAAUAAUAUGUAAAACUUACUAAGGCAUAGAAAGAUACAGUCCGUAGGAUUCUUGUGGCUGUGUUGUGCACACUGGGCGCUAUCGCGAAGUUUCACUUGUUCCCACCGGGUCACAUAAGUUAGUCGGACUAUACAUAAAUGUAUGUACAGUCUAAGAAAUCAUAUCCCAUACACUCGAUGCUUCACGCCAAAUGUCAAUUGUCUUGAAAAAUCGAUAAAAAAAUAUGCAUUUCGCUUAUUUAAAUAAUAUUGUGAUUUUUAAUAAAUUAAAAAAAUAUGUAAAAAAAUGACACUAUAGUACAAAUUAUCGAGUGACAGAAAAAAAAAACGCUUAAAAAUGUGUUCCAUUUCACAUAUCUGAGUGUAAAACAAUAAAGGUAGCGCCACACUGAAAUUGAUUAUUAAAAAUAUUUAUAAAAAAAGGUUAACAAACAAUCCAGUGUGGUCACACCCUAAAGAUUUAGUUGAUUGGUUUUCUUAGACCGUGCGUACAAAAGAAUUAAAAAAAAAAGUAUCUUUAAUAUUUAUCGAUUUUUAAUCAUUGCUUAUAUUAAGCCAAAAGUAUAUAAUUAUUUUUAUAUGCCCACGAAUACACAGUACCUACGAAGCCACUUCAUUGUAUGAUAUAUCCGACAAAAGAAAAUAUAUUUUUGGCUUAGUAUUGAAUUGUGAUUGGAGUGCUAGGCUAUUUACCUUAUUAUUGAUAAGGAUUUUAAUAGCGUUAUUCGAUUUUGCUAUAUUCCUCGGUUUAGAAAGCAAAAGGGGAAUGUUACAACUGUUUUUAAUAAAUUAACACGUUCAAUGCCAACUUAAUUUUCAUACAAAAAAAUAGUAGCAUUGAAUGUGUUAAAAAUUUCAAUGCAUAAAAAUUUCUAUUAUGCUUUCUAUAUCGUAGAAUGAAGUUUGUUUCGUACCAUAAGGUGCUUUGUGAAUAAAAAUUCUUAGAUCUCUUGUUAGAUAGAACUUGCCUUUUUAAAUCUAAUACGUUGACAAAUAGAUGUCGCUGUUUGUUGAAGUUUGAACGAGUUUGUUCGAUACAAAUUUGUUACAGCUUUAGACGGGAUAAGAUUGAUUAAAAUUAUCAACAUUUAUAAAAAAAAAACAUGGAGUGAGAGAAGUAUUUUGUGCUAAGUCUUGUUGAAAAUUCAGCCUUUGAUAAAAUUGGAAUUAUGAAGAACGUUUAUAUUAAUUUAGGAUUAACAAAUGUAUGUAUAUUAUUUAUUUCUUGCAUGAAAAAAGCGUUGCCUAAAGGCAUUCUGUACGAAUCCAUCAUUUUUUUUUAUCUAUCAAAAUUAUUUAUUUCGUUUUUUAUUCUAUAGUCUAUUAUUUUGUGAUGGUGCAUGAGUAUUUUUGUUUUAAAAAAAUAACUCAAAAAGAUGUAUAUUCUUUUUUGUUUUUCCUGAAAAUAAGUAACAUAAAUGGAAGGAAUAUUCUAAAUCGAUUUAAAAAGCUUAUUGAGAUGUUAACGAUUAUUCUAAGUUGACAGUUUGUGUCAAAUAUAGAUUAUAUACGUAUGUAAAGAUGACAAAAAUUUUUGUUUGGUAAUGAAACUAUAUUGUUUGUGGUUUAAUUAACAAGUGUCUAUGGUUUGAUUUUAUAUUAUUAUGAGAUGAGAUUAAGUUGUAAAUAUUUUGCGAAAAUAUUUCAAUCUUUAUGCAUGAAACAAUUGAAAGCAUGCGAUAAUGUCGUCUCUUAAAGUGGAUAUUUUAUAAAAAUGACUGCAUUCAUUGAUAUUUUACAUUAUUCUGUUGAAUUUAACGUCUUGUGCGUUGUCUCUGCGUGCGUUCUUCUAUGAUUUGUUUAGUCUUUGUAUUUAAAGGUUUUUUUUUACAUAUGGUAACACUCGAUAAGUCGUGUCAAAUAGGUUACUUAUUAUUUAUUAU